ACACUCCCCGCCACGGUACCCUCUGUUUCUCGGUACUGUGUUUUACGUCUUCGCGACAGUUUUCACGCUAGUUGCAUUCGAAGCAAGGAAUAGAUUGCAUCAUUGAAUUUAUUUCAAAGCUUUGAAAGUGUGAAGUGAAGUGAAAGGUGAAUAUUGUUGUGGGAUAGUGACAAUGAGUGAUAGUGAAAAUAUUGUCGUGGUUGAAGAUAUAAGAAAUCAGUAUGAAGAUCAGUGUUUAAUAAAAAAUAAAAGUCGUCGGCCAAAAUUACCAAUUAGUACGAAAAGAUAUUCAAAAAAAAGAGCAUGUCGCGAAAGAAGACGGCGUUUAGCCCUUCAGAAUAUUUCCGAGCCGUCAACAUCCGAUGGACAAACAUACACUCCCGAGAAAAUUUACUUGCCAUUGGAUGAAGAAACAGAAACGGCAAAUUGUACACAAAUGUUUGAAGAAACGACGGAAGAAUUGUUUCAAAUUGAAGAAACGGACAAUACAGAAGAUGGGUUAAAUAUAGAAGGUACAACUUCCGAAAAUGAAGAAUUGAUCAUAGAGAAAACUGUAACGAACGAGCCUGAAGAACAAUUCUGUCUACCAAGUGGCUUGAGUAUCGUGGACAUGCAGUACAUGUUUGCCGAAUUUCAAAAAAUAGGUGACCAUGCUAAAAACAGGGAAGACUGUGGAAUUAGACACCUGAAAAUAACCGGCAUAAAACGGUCGGGCCUGAGGACCACCCUCAGUGUAAUAUGCGAUAUGUGCAAAUAUACAGGUGAAAUCCACAGUGAACCUGACGAAAGCAAUAAAAUGGAAACAAACCAGUGUACCGUUGCUGGAACAAUUGUGAAUGGAGGCACUUAUCCCCAAAUGGAGGAAUUCCUUGCAGCGAUGAACAUACCCUCCAUGUCGAAGAAAGAAUUUAGAAAACAUCACAAUAAAAUAGUGAAAACAUUAAUUGUUGCUGCAGCAGAAGAGAUGGUAGCAGCGGCAGAGGAAGAAAAACGCUUGGCCAUUGAAAGACACGAUAUUGUUUCCGGAUGUGGAAUCCCUCACAUCCCCGUUGUGGCCGAUGGAAGCUGGAUAAAACGAUCAUAUCGGACUGGAACGUACGAUUCCGCGUCUGGAGUCGGCGUUAUAAUUGGAUAUCACACGAAGAAAGUUUUAUUUAUCGGUGUCAGAAACAAGGUGUGCAGGAUUUGUCGAUGUAUUGCGAAAAAGAAAAAAAAAAAAAACUAAUUUAAUAAUUUCGCGCUUUAAUCGAAGCGUGUAUAAAUUACAAAGCAGUGAUGAUCUUGCGUUGUGGAAGUUGUUUGAACUUUCAACUGUGGAAGUGACGAUGACUAUCAGGAUAGUCCGAUGCUUCCCUGGAAGAACUACCGCAUAUGCGGCCUAUUCACAGAGAAGACCACAUCAUGUCUAGUACUUUCACGUCGUAUCUAAAAAAAACUAAUUUAAUAAUUUCGCGCUUUAAUCGAAGCGUGUAUAAAUUACAAAA